AUGCUGAUAGAUAUUGAAGGAAAGGAACUGAAAGUAACAACACAGUCUGUUCAUGACAUGUUGGGCAUUCCAAAAGGUGGAACCAUACUUACACAACUGGAUCAAUGGCCUAAAGAUGAUACUAGUUAUGAUGAAUGGAAGCAACAGUUUCAAGAAGGAUCAAUCAUCCGAUUGAAUGUGAUCAAAAAAGUUAUUGUUAGUACCACAAAAGCUGAUUUCAAUUUCAAAUUGGAACUUCUUAUUUUCUUUUGUCAACACGUUUUUGAGUCAACAUCAAUGGGAAGAUGCACACAUGUUCCUUUGAGUUAUAUUUCAAGAAAAACAUAUAUCAGCAACAUAGACUGGUGCAGCUUGUUUUGGACUGUUGUCAGAACAAAGAACUCAUACGUACCAUACUCAGAUAACAACUACUUUGUUGGACCUUCAGCUUUCUUGGUGUUAUCAUUUAUGUGCAGUUGUUCUAUGCUGAUAAACAUCCACUCAGAAGCUUUAACGGUAACACGUAGACGUCCAACACUUUGUUAUUGGAGUUUUAGGAAGAUUAGAUAUCGAGAGACAUUUGAACAAGAAGAAUGUAGAUUUGGACCUGGAGAAUUAAAUGAAGAAUUUGUUAAUGAACAAGAUGAAGGAGAUACAGAUCUCGAAGACAAUGAUUCUGAUAAAGAUGAAGAUCAUUCUGUUGAGGCAAUAUGA